GCAAGUAAAACAAAUGAAAUCCGCAGUCGUCGUCGCCGUCCUCCUCCUCCUCUCCCUCCGCUCUCCCCGACCGCACCCUCUUCGUUCCUUCCUCCUCCUCCUCCUCCUCCUUUUCCAUCUCUCUCACACUGGCACCCACAACCACAACCAGGUAAGCGAAUUCCCCACCCCCACCCCCCCUUUUCAGAUUCACCCCUUCCUCCCUCCCUCCCAAUUCCACAAAAUUGAAUUUGUUAAUUCCCUUCUUUCUUAAUGGCCGCCAAACCCUCCUCCACCGCCGUCACGCCCGCGAUGAUCCCCCAGAAACUGCAGCCUCAAAAGCAGGCUUCAAUCGACCUCCAAGAGAAGCGAAUCGAGGAGCUUUUAUCCUUUCCGAUCCUUUUGUCCGAUCAAAUUGCUGAAGCGGUUAACGAAGCCGACUCCUUUAAGUUGGACUGCUCAGAGGUUGGCAAGCAGGUGGAGCGCCUCUGCCAAAUGCUCCGCUCCGCCGUUCGCCUCGCUACAUCUACCACUGCCGGAGCCACUUUCUACGACCGCCCUCUGCGCCGCAUCGCCACCGAGGUUUCCAAAAACCUUGACAAGUCUUUGAUCCUCGUAAAGAAAUGCCGCCGCCGGAGCAUCCUCCGCCGGGUUGUGACGAUCGUCUCCGCCGCUGAUUUUAGGAAGCUUCUCUUGCUCCUCGAAUCCUCCGUUGCUGAUAUGAAAUGGGUUUUGAGCAUCUUCGAUUCCGGCGGGACUGGUGGAGGUAUUACCUUACCGCCCAUUGCUAGCAACGAUCCCAUCAUUUCUUGGGUUUGGUCUUUUAUUGCUUCCCUGCAUAUGGGCCAGUUGCCAGAUAAGGUUGAGGCUGCAAAUGAACUGGCUUCUUUAGCUAGAGACAACGACAGAAACAAGCAGAUCAUAGUCGAAGAAGGUGGGGUGUCGCCCUUGUUGAAGUUACUCAAGGAUAGCUCAUCCGUAGAGGGGCAAACUGCGGCUGCCUCCGCGCUUAUGAAUUUAGCCAAUGAUAAAGAGAGGGUGCAGACCAUCAUUGAUGGACUGGGGAUUCCAGUAAUCGUGCAGGUUCUGGGGGAUUCUCCAAUGAAGGUCCAAAUUAAGGUUGCCAAUUUGGUAGCCACAAUGGCCAAGCAUUGCCCGCAUGCACAGGAGGAUUUUGCAAGGGAAAAUGUGAUUAGGCCGCUCGUCACAUUGUUGUCUUUUGAUUUAUUCGUGGAUGAUCAUAAGCUCAAGAUAGGGAAGCAGAGUAUUCAUUCCAUUGUUCAGAUCAACAAGGAGAUGGAGAAGAAAAAUCUGUAUAAGCCUGGAUUGGGGUCAUCCUUGUCAAUGCAUUAUUCAGAGGGGAGUAGCAAGGGAGGGAACCACAGGAAGGAGAGGGAGAAUGAGAAGCCUGAGGUGAAGCUCCAACUUAAAAUAAGUUGUGCUGAAGCACUGUGGAUGCUUGCCAGAGGGAGCGUUCCAAAUAGUAGGAGAAUCACCGAGACAAAGGGUUUACUUUGCUUAGCUAAGCUUGUGGAGACAGAAGAGGGUGAAUUGCAGUAUAAUUGCUUGAUGACGAUAAUGGAGAUAACUGCUGCCGCCGAGUCUAAUCCUGACCUCAGAAGGGCAACUUUCAAGACAAAUUCUCCGGCUGCUAAGGCUGUUGUGGACCAGCUGCUUAGGGUGAUCAAAGAAUCCAGUGACCCGGGAUUGCAGAUAGCUGCUAUAAGAGCUGUGGGUUGCUUGUCCAGAACAUUCCCAGCCAGGGAGACGAGGGUGAUCGGUCCCCUGGUUGAACUGCUCGGUCACAGAAACACGGAUGUCGCAACAGAAGCUGCUAUUUCACUCGGGAAGUUUGCUUGUCCAGAAAAUUUCCUGUGUGUUGAACACUCAAAGACCAUUAUUGAGUUCAGAGGUGUUCCGCCUCUUAUGGGACUACUGAGGGGGGGAAGCGAGAGGGUGCAGUUGCACGCAUUGAUGCUGGCCAGUUACCUUGCUAUCAAUGCGGGAAAGAGCGAAGAGCUGGAGCGGGCAGGCGUGUUGAAUGCCAUUGAGGGGGUGGACCGCGCAUUUGUCGCGCAGCACCCUGAAUUGAAAGAGUGGCUAUCUCAGGCAAUCAUCCAUCUCAGUGUGUUUCACCAGUCCCACUCUGGGAUGCUCGCCCAAAGGCCAUUUUAGCCCUGUUCAUGUUCGUGUCUGUGUCAACUUUGGAGUCUGCAUUGUUGUAGAUGGGUGGAGUGGAGCAGGACACAGGUGCAACAAAUGCAUAUUAUCAAUCAAACAACCAAUCAAUCAGGUAUUGUGUGUGUGUACAAAUCAAAUGGACAAGUUUUAGUGGACGGGUUUUCAUUUUUUUUUUCUUUAAUCUGGGAAGAGGAAUUGGAUUGGUCAAUUGGCACUGUAGUGGAAAUGAAGUUCAUGUCUUUCUUUUAUCAAUUGGUUUUGCUCUUUUGGCUCAA